AUGCGUCUCUCUUCAGGUCUUCUCGUGGCUGUUGCCUCGGGUGCUUUCGCCCAGCGUUUCACCAACAGUAGCACUUCUGCUCUUGAGUCUAGCACUACCCUCCCCUCCAACAUCGACACCACCAGCGGUGCUUCUCCUAGCUCCACCACCAGCCCUGCUGCUUCUCAGUCUGUCGAUCUUAGCGACGCCCAGCUUGGUCAGGGAACCAGCCUCGUCACUGGUGCCAAUGGCCAGCCUGCUGUUCGCAUGGCCGCUGCUGCCAACGGUAUUGCUGAGUUCACUUCCUCUCCCGAGAUCACUGAACUCGAGACUGGCAGCCAGAUCCAGAUCCGCUUCGAGAUCGCCGUCAGCGCUGUAGUUGAGUCCCGCAAGCGUGCUUUCGAGGGCUGCACUCUCGACGUCAAGCUCGACGGCGAGACCAUCUACUCUGAGCCCCUCGCCGACACCAACGGCGCUUCCGUUGGUCAGGCCAGCAACCCCACUACCCUCAACUCCGACAAGCCCGAUAUCCAGUUCCUCCAGUCCUGCGGUUCUGAGCCCGUCCAGCUCGAUGUUUCCAACCUCGCUGUCGCUGCUGCCACUGACGGUGGCUCUACUGGUCUUCCCACUGGCUCUGCUACUGAGACUGCUGCCGAGACUGGAACUGAGACCGGCACCGAGGUCGCUACUGGCACCAACUCCGAGGGUGCUACCACCAACUCUGAGGGUGAGACUGUGAUCCCCACUGGCACCGAGACUGGCUCUGCUAUCGCUACUGGUACAAACUCUGAGGGUGCUACUACCAACUCCGAGGGCGAGACCGUCAUCCCUACCGGAUCCGAGACUGCCAUCGAGACCAACAGCGCUGGCGCCACCACCAACUCUGAGGGUGAGACCGUCUUCCCUACUGGUACUGAGACUGGCUCUGCUAUUGCUACCGGUACCAACUCCGAGGGUGCCACUACCAACUCUGAGGGCGAGACCGUCUUCCCUACUGGUACUGAGACUGGUACUGCCACUGGCACCGAGGCUUCUGCUUCUGCCUCUGCUACCUCCCCCGCUGGCUUCCCCGGUUCUAUCGGUGUCUUCACCCUCUUCGGCUGUGUCGGUUCAUCCGCUGGUUUCCCCACCUUCGAGCUUGCUGAGACCAACGCUCAGAUGGAUCUUGAGCGUUGUGCUUCUCUCUGCACUGGCCGUGCCUACUUCGGUGUUUACGAUACUGCUUGCUACUGUGGUGAUGAGAUCGACGCCGACAACACCAGCCGCGUUGAUAUCGACCAGUGUGACAUCGAGUGCCCCGGUGACAAGGACAACUUCUGUGGUGGUGAUGGCCGCCUCAACCGUCUCCGCGCCCGUCAAGCUGUUCCCGCCGGCCGUCUUCUGACCGUCUACGCCUCUGCCAUCGGCGCCGGUGCCACCGUCACUGACUCCGUCACCCAGACCGUCACCGACGAGACCACCAUCACCACCACCUUCACCACCGCCAUCACUGGUGCUGAGACCACCACCACCGCUACCGUCACCGCCGUCCAGAUCUGCGUCGACGGAAAGUGCUACAGCCAGGGCUCUGACCGCACCGUCUUCAUCUUCAUCGAGGUCAACGGCAGCGACUGCGACAACGAGUGGGUCUACAUCACCGAGGAGUGCUCUUGCCAGGGCGGCAAGCAGUACGUCCCCAAGUUCUGCUCCGGUGGAAGCUGUGCCGGCGAGAUCGUCUACAAGACCCAGGAGUGCCACGACUGGUGGAACUACGAGACCUUCUUUGUCGCUGCUGACUGCGGCUGCAAGGAGGAGACCGUCAUCUACAAGCCUUGGGAGAACAGCUGGGGUACCCCCAACAACUGCAAGGCUGAGCUCGUCCCUGUCUGCUCUGGCCCUCACUGCCCCGUUGUCAAGGUCCCUACCCACGGCGGUUACACUCACCCCGUUACCAACGGCACCUGGACCAACGGUACCGCUCACUGCUCUGGCCCUCACUGCCCCAAGCCUGCUCCUCCUGCUCCUCAGUGCUCUGGCCCCAGCUGCCCCAGCACCAAGGUCGUCACCCUUGUUCCUCAGUGCAGCGGUCCCAGCUGCCCCGCCAAGCCCACUGGUUCUGAGGAGACCGGUGUUCCCUGCAACGGUGCUGACUGCCACGUUGCCACUGCCACUGGCAGCAGCCCCAAGCCCACUGGCACUGUCCCCGCCAUCGUCAACGGUGCCGGCAAGCAGGUCGUUGGAGCUGCUACCCUCUUCGCUGCUCUCUUUGCGGCCCUUCUCUAG